AUGGAAGAAGUAAACUCUGCUGCCGUUCAAAUUCAGAAUGGUAGAGGAGAUCAAAGAAGGGAUAACAAGUCUGUGAAGAAUGGGUUUUUCUCGAAUUUAACUCUUGAGUUUGGAAGUUCAGUUUCCACUGGUUCGGGUCUCAAAUCCGUGAGUCUCAGGGCUAUGUUUGAGAGCUAUUUGGCAGUUGCUAGGGGAUGUUUGCGACACAGACAGAGAAAGGGCAGUUGGAACGAGAAACAGAAAGUUAUAAAAGAAAAACCUAAAGCUACAAGGAUCAUCUCAUACCCUCUUUCCACUGCCGUUAACACCCAAAAGAGAGGAGCUUUUGCUCCUCUCCAAUCCCUUCCAUCACUACCAUCUGCAUCUCCAUCUCCAUCAGCAUACAUCCACCAUCUGCAUCUCCAUCUGCAUACAUCCACCACCUGCAUCUCCAUCAGUUCGCAUCCACUCCACCUGCAUACAUCCACCAACCUUCAUAGCUACCUGCAUAUCAUCUACAACAUCAAUAACAGCAUCUGCAGUCCAUCUAUCCACCAGUCCACCUGCACCAGCACCUCCACGAUCCAUCGCCAAUACCUUCACGCCACAACAGACUACCUGGCAGCCAUAUCAACAGCAAGUGACAUCCACAGUUCUCGCAUCCAGGCCAUCAUCACCACUACAUCACUUCACGAGCUGGACACUUUGUGUCAUUGGUUUGAAUUGCCUUUUAGGUACAAACAAUCAUUCUUUUGUUGUGUGCACAAGUGGGAACAAGAGAUGCUCGAUCACAUUCUUUAUGAGCUAAAGGUAGCAGAACAACUUGGUAGACAACCAACCGAACCUUGUUUCAAUGAGUCUGGCCUAACUCCGGAUCGUAUUUAUGAUCAUUCACCCAUUCAAAGGGAUGAGACUUGGGAUGGAAACUAUGAAAGUGGUGUAUAUCCAAGUUUGGCGGAGCAAUCUUCAAAUUAGAAAUUUGAUAGUUUUGUUGAAUCUGCUAUUCCCGUAAUGCAACAAAUGCUUCAAACAACAAAACAAUUUUGUGAAUUUCAGCUGAGUUACAAUGAAUCACUCCAAGAACCUCAACGGAAUAUAAACAACAUCAGAAGUGGCAUGAAUCAAAUUCAAGAAGAAUGGAACAAGGAAGAGGUUCAAACUCAUUCUAAUAUUCCCAUGGAUGCCAAUAUAGAGUAUGAUGAUUCCGAAGAAGACGAAUACGUAAAUGUUGAUAAUGAUGGUGUAACUAGUUCAACUCUUGAUCAUGAUAAUGAUCAUUCACCUAUUCAAAAGGAAGAAGUUGAGUCUAGAAACACCAAAGUUAUUAAUGGUAAGACUUAUGUUGUGUAUGAGAGCGAUGAUGAUUAUGACUUCUUUGUGAAUAACACCCCUAAUUCAGAGACUGUGAAUACUUUGAAUGAGGAGUCUACUUGUGAUGAAAACCGUAAGGAUUACGAUGACUUACUUGGAGCAGAUUUCGAUUCUGAUUGAUGAAGAUUUGGAAGUUAUAGAAGAAACUGAUGAAGAAUGGCUCUUAAAGAGUUUAAAUGAGAAUUGCGGUACUUGUGAUGUAGGAGACUUUUUCAGAAAUACCGAGGAUCCCGUAAUGCGUGAGAUUAUGCAAGGUUUGUCUAACCCUGUAUAUGAAUCUCUAUCUAAUGAUGAUCCUCCCAAACUAGAAGUAGCUUCGCAAAGAGUUGCAAUGUUUCUCGUAUGCGUCAAUCAGGUGAACAAUUCCAAUGGGUUAUCCCGUAAUUCCAAGUAUCCACCAUAUGUGUUUGAGUCUAACACCAUGCAGGUUUGCCAAGAGGAGUCGAUAGAAGUUCCUUCCACUUAUGUUUUGUACACACUUCCGAAUGUAGAAAAGACUAAGUGUGGGGGUGACUCUCGUGGGAUGAUAAUUUUACUUUUCCCACCAUUUGCUAAUAUUUUUGUGGAGCUUAUACUCUAUAUGCAGAUUGUUUUGUGGGUAGAUCCUCAAAUUUUCAGAUUGUUGAUAUAUGGGGAGUCUCUUUUGAAUGUUUCUCGUAUGCGUCAAUCAGGUGAACAAUUCCAAUUCUUACUUCCUUGUCUUUUUCAAGUAUUCCUCUUAUU